AAUUGACAACGGGGUGAAGGGUUAACAUCUCCACAAGGAAGAAUAGUUUGUGCGCGUUUACGCGAAGGGUUGUGCCAUUCGGACCAGUGUUUACAAAGAACAGAUACAAACUAUCAUAUGUAUGGGCCUGUUUUUCUUCACUGUUCCUUUCCUUAACUCCCCAUAGCACAUUUCUCAUAUCAGCACCCUAGUCUACCCUCCCUCCUUUAUCCAUCCGUCUUUCUGGCUCACGUCCCUCCCCUCCCAUUCUCUGUGGAUGCUUAGCUCCGCCCUCCUCCUCUAUUCACCCCAGCCUCCAUCUCUCCAUCUCCCUGUUGCGUCUUGCGGUUAGUCAGUGUCUUCUCUUCGUUUGGGGCAGCCUCAUCUCUGCUGAAAGAUGUCGGGCCCUCUGACUGCUAGCUGUAGCUCCGUGGUCCUCCUGCUCUGCCUGACAGUCCUCCUUCCGCCGCUGCCGCUGAAAGCCAAGUCGUUAUCCAUAGCCCGGGGGGUGGGGGGACGAGGUUCGGACACCACAGGAGGUGGGAUCAGGCGAGCCCGCAGAGACCUCCGGGAUUCGCUGCCAUAUGAGGCUGGGAUGAUGUCAUAUCCUGGAGAGUCCGCAGACGUCCUGACCAGGCGUGGGGGCAAUGAGCUGCUCUAUCAGCCAGAGGAGUGGAGGGGGCAGGGCUUAGGUCAGGCCCUUCAGCAGCUGUUGGAGAAUGACCAGAGGCGGGAGCAGGAAACGGCGUACCUGGCCGGGUUGCUUCGUCUCCUCAAUGAGGCCGAAGGUGCCGGCGUAGAGGAAGACAGUGAGGAGGACCAGGUGCCAGGGGACUUCCAGGGGCCCUAUCCCCAAGACUAUGAUGAGACAGAGCCGGGGAUGAGGAUGGGAAAACCCCAGGCUGCAGCUCAGUGGCAAGGCCUGCUGGACCCCCAGCUCACACAGGCCCUGCUCAACAGAUACAGGCAGGAGAGACAGCAGGCCGCGUCACCAAGUCUUCCCGCCUCCAUCAACAGGCUGGAGACAGGAGGACAAGACCCAGACCAGGAGACACUCCGAUACCUGGUAGCUAAGAUUCUGUCCAGCAUCAGUCCCAACAACCCCCAGCGCUCAUCCGGCCGCAGGGCGAGGAGAGACCUGGCUUCUGGGGAGAGACCUGGCGGAGGGGCGAGGAGAGACCUGGCCUCGGUGUCAGGUGCAGGGGUAAGAGCAGCCUCAGGCCCAGUCCUCCAUAGGUCCCGUCGCUCCCUGGACUCCCCUGCUCCUCCCUCCCCAAGCCAGGAGCCUCCGCUCGGGCUGCUGAGGGUGAAGAGGCUGGGGGACGUGGAGGAAGGCCCCGGAAGGCCAGAGGGAGAGAGGGAUGGCCACAAAACCUCGGGCCAUGCGGUGGGGCUUCAGAGAAUGAAAAGGAUCGACACCGACCUGCAGCCUGCUGGGAGGUCCAGCCGCAGGAGGAGGGCCGUGACCUACGACCUGCAGACCCUAACCUAUGACCCCGAGAUGCUGGUCCAACACAUCCUACACUACCUGCCACAGUAGAGAAGAGAGAGAUAAACAGAUAGAUGGAGAGACCAAUAGAUUGACAGAGGGAGAGAUACAGAGACAACCCCUCAAUAACGCAGUAACAACACUUUCACCCAUACCAGGGCCGUCACAGAGUGCUUCAAUCUGUGCUAUUUAUUUUACAUAGAUCUUAUUUAUGACUCCUUUGGGAAGUAAAUGAAACAUAGAGGUUAAGAAAAUAUUUUCACAAUAGAUGUUCUCCAGCAAUUCCCUAAUUCCCAGAUGUAGUUAGUUAUAUUAUUAAUAUUAUAUAACUUCCCAUUCGAGUAGGGCUAUUUUUCAACUAUGACAAGAGGGGGUCAUAGUAACUGCCACGAGAAGUGUGUGAAGUUUGAUCCAACAUCAUAAAAUGUUUACUUAAUGUUGUUAUUGUCUGUAUGCAAACGGCUGAUUUAUUCAUCAUAGCUCUAUACUUCUCGUGCUGGAGAUAGGAGAUAAAACGCUAUCACAUUUUACAAUACUUGUAAAUCAAUUACUUGCACUCCAGUUGACAAAAUCGGUGAAUUGAUUGAACGGACAUUGUUGUCUAGAACAUCUCACCCGUAUAAAUAUCGCCAUGACAAAGUGUAUACCAGCUUAAUUAUUUCACGCUAAUUGAACAUUUAGCUACACAGUGAUACAAUAAACAUAUCUAGCCACCUUGUCCGAAGAGCGCAUUGGAUUUUGGUGUAUGUAGUUCAACUGCAUUUCAUCCACCAAUCUCACGUGACCACAGAAAAUGUAAUAGCUGGGUUGCAGAUGUUGGAUGAAUCUCAAAUCGCAUACUACGUACUACAAGUACGUACUUCGCGGAUGAUGGUAAAGUACGUAUUGUUUAGUAGAUAGUAAGCUAGUAGGCCAGUAUUGGGACCGUUUGGGAUACUCUACCUCGUCAUAAAAUUGCGUCUCCACAUUUAGAGGAUUUAAAUAACAUCACACACAAUUUGAAUAUUUAGCUAGAGACCAUUAAGCAGUGUGCUAAACGGACUAACGUUUCUUAUUAAGUUUACUUCCACCUCAAAUAACAUCUGUGACCUGUAUGGCUUUUGCCACUGGCCAUUUCAAUAGCUUAUUAGCCAGUAGGCCUACUAGUAUCUUACUAGGAUUAGUCAUAAGAAUUGAGCGAAUGCUAGCGAGACUAAAGACGAGAUUUACACUGACAAAACUAUUUCAUUUCCUGGCACAACGUUCGUUUUUCUUUCAUUCGUGAAUGACAUUGAUACAAUAACUAGCCUGUCGUGUCAAUAUAGGUGACGAUGAGGUUCAGCCAUUGUCUUUUCCAUAAUAUCCUCAUAAAACAGUGGUACGUUUAGCAAAGAUAUGAAGUGCAAAGCCUAAUAGAGAUUUAGAGAACAGAAAUGAUCACACCACUCUUAUCAGUAGGUAUAGUCUUUAUUUGGUAAACAGAGCGAGAAGUAGCUACUAUUCAUCGCUAGAUUGUAUGCUGAGUUACAGUAACUUCUAGAUUUUAAGUUAACAGUAGUAAACACGUAGCAUGUAUAUGACUACACGUUGAACAUCUCUGGUUAUGUCACAAACAGGUAAGCACAAUGGUCAUGCAGGACCAAAUAACCGUUAUCUACUUAAACAACUGGUCAGUCGUGAACACCAUGAUACAGAUGUAGGGUUUUAACUUGAUCACCAUGUUUAAGGAUAAUUCAUAGUGUAUUUGAUGCUUAAAACGGCUUUGGAAGUUGGUAAUUUCCAUUUUAAAAUGUCAGACUUGAAUUUCCCUUACAGAGAAACAUAUGUUCCUUCAGUAAGAUCCUCAGAGUAAUUCACAUUUACUGUUCCUGCUGCAUUUAGUACUUCAAAUUAAGAUGCUAUUUAUUUACAGUCAUCUGCCUGCAAGAGGGCUCUCUGUACUCUCCAGUUGUCGAUAGAAAGACUAAAUUAUUAGUAUUGAUACUUUGUCCUGCAGCUGACAUCCCAUUAUUGCGCUGCCAUGGCUACGGGGUCGUUAACGUAUCCAUGGUUAAUGUAUAAAACAUAACCCUGGCUUCCGCUACCUUGCUUUCGAAAUUUGACGAUUCUAAUUACAUGGUUCUCCUUUCCUGCAGCUUUGCCGGUGGCUUUGAACACACGAGUUAUUGUGAUGCAAAACACCUGUAUACUGGAUGUGCAAUUUACAGCAAUCCCUCCCUCACGUUCUUUUGUGUUCGUUUUUCUUGUGACGUACAUGGCUGUGGAUAUAAAGUGUGAUUCCGAUUAUUGUUGUGGCUUUGCCAAUUUAUGCCGUUUAAAAAUCUUGUACAAAAAUACAUAUCUGUCCUACUAUAUUUUAUCGCAAACGUGGAUCACAGUAAUAAAAUUCUAUGUGAAAACA